AUGGGUAUCAAGCACCUGUACCAGGUAAUCUCCGAGAAUGCCCCAGAUGCGAUCAAGACGGGCGAAAUUAAAAAUCAUUUUGGCCGCAAAGUCGCAAUUGAUGCAUCGAUGAGCAUCUACAGUUUCCUGAUUGCCGUGCGCUCUGAAGGCCAGCAGCUGAUGAGCGAUUCCGGCGAGACAACAUCACACUUGAUGGGCAUGUUCUACCGCACUCUGCGAAUGGUCGACAAUGGCAUCAAGCCUCUGUACGUGUUUGACGGUGCUCCGCCGAAGCUGAAGUCCGGCGAGCUGGCGAAGCGUGGCGCGCGCAAGGCAGAAGCGCACGAGGCGCACGAGGAGGCCAAGGAAACGGGUACUGCAGAGGACAUUGAGAAGUUCUCCCGUCGUACCGUGCGGGUCACUCGCGAGCACAAUGCCGAGUGCAAGCAGCUCCUGAAGCUGAUGGGUAUUCCGUACAUUGAUGCCCCAACUGAGGCUGAGGCUCAGUGCGCGGUUCUGGCUCGCGCGGGUAAGGUCUACGCGGCUGCGUCUGAGGAUAUGGAUACCCUGUGCUUCGAGGCACCGAUUCUUCUGCGCCACUUGACAUUCAGUGAGCAGCGGAAGGAGCCAAUUCAGGAAAUUCACCUGAGCAAGGCGCUCGAGGGACUCAACAUGGAUCGGAAUCAGUUCAUCGAUCUCUGCAUUCUCCUGGGCUGCGACUACCUCGAACCCAUCCCCAAGGUGGGACCAAGCACCGCUCUGAACCUGAUCCGCGAACACGGUAGCCUGGAGAAGGUCCUGGAAUACAUGAACAACGACCCAAAGAAAAAGUUUGUAGUCCCCGAGAGCUGGCCAUACCAAGACGCGCGCGACCUGUUCGUCAACCCGGACGUGCGCGACGCGGAUCACGAAGACUGCGAUUUCAAGUGGGAUGCCCCAGACGUGGACGGCCUGAUUGCAUUCCUAGUGACCGACAAGGGCUUCAACGAAGACCGUGUCCGCAACGGAGCCGCACGCCUGACAAAGAACCUCAAAAGCGCGCAGCAGUCGCGAUUGGAAGGUUUCUUCAAGCCUAUGGCACGCACGGACGAAGAGAAGGCCAGCCUGAAGCGGAAGCACGAUUCGAAGCUGCAGGAUCAAAAGAAGCGCAAGAAGGACGAAGCCAAGGCGAAGAAGGAGGCCAAGGCCAAGCCGCGUGCUGCAGGUUAA